AAAAUAAUUGUUGAAAAAAAAAAGAAAUAAAUAAACUUAUAUAUUUUGAAAAACUAAAAACUUAUUUAACAGAUUUUUAAAACAAAAGAAUAAUAAAAAAUCAAUUAUAUUUAUGAUAAUGGUAUUUAAAUGUACAAAAUAAAUUGAUAAAUUAAAUAUUAACUAUAUAUGGAAAAUUAAAACAAAAAAAAAAAACAAGAAUAAUUUGCAACAAAAGUGCUUCUACAUUAUUUAUAUAUAAAAACCUACAACUAUACAGUAACAUUUAUAUAAAAUAUAUAUUUAAAUAAAAGUUGAUUUUAAAUAUUUAUAAACUGUUAAUAGAAUUACAGCGUACAAAAAAGCUAACAACAAAAUUACAGCUUUUUUUCCAUUUUUAGUAGAAAUAACAGCAACAAAAAAACUGCAAAAGUUAAUUUACUCAAAUAAAUACAAUUGUGGUUUUAAAUAUUCUACAAAAAAAAAUCAAAUAAAAUAUAAAACAAAAAAAACCUAAAAUUACUAAAAUAAAUUAAAUCCUAUUUAAAUAAUAAAAAUAAUUAAAAUUAAACAAAAAAAAAAAAACAAUAUUAUUAUAAAUUAUAAUUAAUUAUAUAAAUAAAACAAUAUUUACAAACAAACUACAACAAAAUAAAUAAAUAUAAAACUAAUAAGCUUCCACACGCAUACACUCAAAUUAACUAAUAUAAAUGUUUUAAAAAUUAUUACUAAAUAUAAAAGAAUAUAAAUGAAUAACAAAAACCAAAAAAAAAAAUCAAAUACAAAAAUUAUAAACAAUUAAAGUUACUAUUUUAUGAAAAAAAUAUCAAAAAAUAUUAUUAAAAUAAAAUCAAAUAGUAGAAGAACCUAAAUAUCAAAAACAACUAUUUUUGUGUCAAUAUUUUAUUCCAAAUCUAAGCAAAGAUCUUAAAAAAGACAUAAAAAUAAAUAAAUAAAAAAAAUAUAUAUAUAUUUUUUAAAACUAAUAUAUUUUAAACUAAAUGUUACACUAUCAGCAAAACGAACAAUAUCCACAAUUGUUACCCUCAAAUCGACAACAACAACAACAGCAGCAGCAACAAGUUCCAGUUUUAAAAGUCUAUUAUUUACGUUUAAAUUCUAAAGAAGACGGCUCUAAGGCAGCCGCCUGUCUAUUCGACAACAACAAUAGCAGCAGCAACAGUAGUCGAAAUACGAAUACAACAAUGAAAACUUUAGCACCCAAUAUACGACGGCGACGUCGUUGUGAUCGUCAUCAUUUAGAAUUAUAUCAUGGUGGUGAGGGUGGCCAUAAGGCUUCUUCCUCAUCGACUUCAUCACCCACCACGGAAUUUCCUCCAAAAUCAAAAUCGGCUUCAACAUCACCUAUUAGUGAUUUGGGUAUACCGGCUCCACCCAUUACACCGCCGCCCGCUUUCCUUUCGGAAGGCUAUCGACGUUCGACCACACCCAGCAAGAGUGCAGCAGUUAAGAGGUCUUUAGGUAUGUACAAAUUGAAGUGAUCAAAAACUAUUGCUAAAAAAAUACUAGUAAGUAACUUUACUAUAAAUUUAAAAACCAUUUCCGUUUAUCAACCACUUCCAUUAUACAACAAACAUUAUAGUUUUGUAUAAAACCUAUAAAAAAAAAACCUAUUGCCUACUUAAAGGCUAUUCAUACAAGCAAUAAAGAUUUACCGAUUAAAAAGUUAUUUCUGUCCAAUUAUCUAACAAAUUGUUAAAAUUUUUGCACUUUAUUCAAUUUGAAACACUUCAGUUAUCUUAAAAUAUAAAUCUAGAAAAUAUCUCUGACACACAUAAGUACUAAAACAACAAAUAAAACAAACACUCAAAGUAAAAGUAAAUCCAGUACAAAAACAAAUUAAAAAUACAUUAAAACAGUAUAAAAUUUUAUAAAAAAAAUACAAAUUCUUAUCAAACAAAUAUUGACUGACUACAUGUAAUAAAAACAACCCCAAAACCAAAGUCAACGAGUACAAUACCUCAACACUAGUUUAAACAUUAUAUUUCAUAUAUUUAUACAUACACACAUACAUAUGUAUGUAUAAUACAAAAAAAUAUAUAUAAAACAUCAAUUGUACACACCAAUACUAAUAAAGAAACACAAUGAAGUAUAAAAAUAUCCCAGUAGUGAACUGCCAUUGUCUGUCACGUCAUGUCGUGUGUCAGUAUACUACAAAAACAAGUUGACAACUUUAACAAACAAAGGACAACAGCAGCAACAACAACUACAACUGUGAAAAAACAUUGUCGACAUCAUCGUCAGCCAUCAUGUUGUUGAAAGUAGAAAAUAAAACACAAACGUGACAAUUUAAAGAUGAAAAAUAAAUGAUAGUCAGUGGGAGCGAGAUAGAGCUCAGAGUUAACUCGCUGAAUAAUGAAGAAUAAAUAGAAUAACUACUAGAGCAGCAUCAACAGCAAACAAACAAACAAAUAAAACUCUUUGCUGAACAUUGAAAUUGUAUUGAAAUAUUAAAUUGUUUUAAAAAGCGUAAUCUACGAUGUUGUAUUUGUUGAUGUUGUAGCAAACAUUUUUUAACAAUUUUAAACUUUUUUCUUGAAGUUGAAAAUAUAGCAAACAGUUGCAAUGGUUUUAAAAUAGAUUACAUGUUUUCAGGGGCAAUUUUCUAAAAAUACCACAUGACGCGGUUAGAAUAGUGACAGUCAGUCAGAAGAGGUGUUAAUUUGGAUGCCUAUAAGGCAUACAAAGGUCAUAAGCAAUGCAUUCAACUAAAGGGUGAUGUAAUCAAAAGAAGACGGCAGACAGAGUAUAGACUAGACUAUAGUCUACACUGGAGCAUAGUACAGUCAACACAAUGACCAGAUUAUAAAGUAGACUGUGGCUUAGACUGUGGUCUAGACUAUAGUCAAGAAUAUAGACUAGACUGUGGUCUAGACUAUAGUCAAGACUAUAGACUAGACUGUGGUCUAGACUAU